AUGGUUCGUUGGGUCGUGUGGCAUGGGAGGAAUAUGGUGGCGAAAGCAGAAGAAAAUAGAUCAUCAGAAACGCUAGCCCGUUUAGCUACAACAUAUCUGCAGGAGUUCAAGCAAGCACAAGCGCUAGAAAUGGAGCAAAUGGCAACGACUUACAUAGUGGCAAAUAGUUCAGGGGGUUUGGGAGUCAUAGCACGAGACCACACAGGUAAGGUGCUAGGGGCAGCGAUUACUAGGGUGUAUAACGUGCACGAGGCAAGCAUGGUGGAAGCAUGGGCAGCGGCAAAAGCGGUGGACAUGGCAAUUUCGAUGAGACCGACGAACCCGAUACUGGAGGGAGAUGCCUUAAACGUCAUUAAUAGUAUUCAAUCAGAGAGGGAAGACCUGUCAGCCAUGGGACACAUCGUUGCUGAUAUUAAAGAAAAAGGAAAGACCUUUUGUUCUUUCAAUGUAGGUCAUGUCAGAAGAAAGGCAAACAAAGCCGCUCACAGAUUAGCCAACAUAGGUCUGCAACAUCAUUCUGAUGAGAUGUGGAUAGGGGAAUGCCCCACAAGCACCGUGGAAAUUGUUGUGACAGAAUCAAUUGAGUAA